AUGACUUCUUCGACGAUGAUAUCGACGAGGCUGCCUUCGAUGCUCUCGGACGACUGCUUCGACGACGACAUCGACGCCGCCGCAUUCGAUGCAGUUGUCAGUGCCGCCACAUCCGCCCCUCCACCGCCCACCCGGCCUACCGCCGGACCCAGCAGCUGCUUGACGCAGAAGAAGUACACGCAGACCACCAUCUUCGGCGCCAGCCAAGUGCCCGCCAAGCCCACCCGGGCCAGCAAACAAUCCACUAGCUCGCAGUACCAGCCGCCCGUGCCCAGAGCAACACAGCAGGAGCCCCAAGUCAAGAAGGUCAAGAAAUGGGACACCCUCAGCGCGAUCAAGGUGCUCCCCGACAUCCUCCAGGACGGCAAGCAGAAGCGCAAGAAGAAGUCCAGGUUCGCGCUCCUGGAAACCGCGCAGAAGCCCGUGCCCAUGAAGCUCGAAUCUGACCCCGAGGCCAUCAAGACCUGGAUCUACAGCAUCAACAAGCCCAAGCGCAAGUACCAGUACGAUAUCGUCGCCAGAGCACUCUACAAUAACUGCCUGACCAUUGGUACAACAACAGGUGAGAUUGAUAUGUUGCUUGGAGAUAUCGCGAGGAGUGACGAGUUGGAUGUUGAAAAACACCAGAUCGAAGCAUGCCACUCUAUCGCGGGGAUCCCGUCGGUUGACUGCGUGUCCCUCACGGGGACGACGUCGGCGGCCAAGAGGGCGAUAGCCUGGCGCGAGAAGCGGGUGAUCUUUGCGACGCCCCAGACGGUCGCCAACGAUCUGAGGCGCGGCAGCUUGCGCCCGGAGGAUAUCAUCUGCUUGGUCGUCGACGAGGCCCACCGUGCCACCGGCGCCUACGCGUAUUGUAUCGUGGUCAAGCUCUUGAUGAGAUUCAAUCCUCACUUCAGAGUCUUGGCAUUGACUGCCACGCCUGGAAGUGAUCCCGAGCGUGUACAGGCAAUUGGGCAUAUCGAGGUCCGAACCGAAGAGUCGAUGGACAUCGUGCCCUACACGAAAAACAAAGAAAUCGUCCUCGAGAAGAUUUCACUGACCCCAGAGCUCGCUUCGAUCCGCGACAAAUGGGGAACGCUGAUGCUGCCGCUGAUCAAGCAAUGCGGCUCGCUGUUCCACGGCUCCAAAGAGCCGGCCUACAUCCAUGCCUUCUCGAUCACCGCUGCGCAGAUGCAUAUCCCCAAGGAGAAGAGCUAUCUGCGCCCGAACCUCGCUGUGCUGUCCAAGAUGGCGACGGCGAUGGCCAAGUUGCUCGAAUACUCGAUUACACUGGCGUUCGAGAAGAUGCAGGAACUCAAGGAGGAAUCGGGUAGAUGCGCGGCCGGCGUGUGCAGUCAAAUGGGCUACAAGUCGCUGAUGAGCGAGAUCCGCGAGCUCACCCAAUCGGCGGGCUUCGUGCCGCAUCCCAAGAUGGAGAAGAUGAAGGCGCUGGUGCUCGAGUUCUUUGUCGAGGCUCAAGAGCAGGGCAAAUCGUCCCGCGUGAUGAUCUUUUGUCAUUUCCGGGACAUGGUCACCGACAUCGUCAACUACCUCAACCAGGAACGCCCGCUCAUCAAGGCGUCUGCGUUCGUCGGCCAGUCUAACGACGUCCGCGGGAACCGCGGCAUGAACCAGAAAACUCAGAACGAGACCAUCCAAAGGUUCAAGAAUAACGAGUUCAACGUCUUGGUGGCCACCUCGAUCGGCGAGGAAGGAUUGGAUAUCGGCGCUCUGGAUUUUAUCAUUUGUUAUGAGGCUCAGAAAAGCCCUCUCAGAAUGUUGCAACGUCUUGGACGGACUGGACGGAAUGAGGAUGGCAAGGUGAUCGUGCUGAUUGCUGAGGGGCGAGAGGACAAGAACUGGGAGAAGGCGCAGGACCAAUACCAACACGUGCAGAAUGCGCUGCUCUCGAAAAAGGUGCUGGAGCUCUACGAGGACUGCGAGCGGCUCGUCCCGGAGGAGGUCCGCCCGACGCCGGUGGACAAGGAGCUGGAUGUGCAGCCCUACAUAGCCGAGCAGGUCGAGCUGGCGGCCGCCCCUCCCUCCGGGCGCAAGAAGAAGGAAAAGGCUACGAAGCGCAAGCGGCCCGGUGUCGAGGACAUUCCCGCGGGCGGGGUGUAUGGCUUCGUGAGUGCGAAGGACUACGCGGUGGGCCCGAAGUCGAAGGCCGAAGGGCUACGCCAGCGGGCGGAGGCGGCCCUGUUGACGGACGCCCAGGCCGCCGAACUGGCGCGCCACUGGGCCCGAAACAUCUCCUCCGUGCCGGCGCCGAUCGACCCGACGGACGUGCGGAUCGAGUCUCUGGCGACCAAGAGCGAGCUCGGCUCGCGGCUCGACGCCGUCCCGCCCAGCAAGCGGAUGGCGCGGAACAUCCUGCCGUCGCAGACAUACGCGCGGCUGAUGGGCCGAUGCGCGGCGUUCGUGGACGACGAGGCGUGCUACGAGCAGUGGAGGGACCGCCAGGUGGCCGGGCUCGAGUCCUCUAAGCUUCUCUGGUGGCCCGUCGAGGCAAGGGGCACUGGGGCCCAGAAGCCGUUCCGGUUCUGCUCCGGCGGGCCGCGCUCUGUGGCCCGUCGCUGGACUCCGUGCGCAGAGGAAAGUUCGGUGCCGCCUGUUGUGCCCAGUUCCCCCCGACUCUUGUCGAGUCCUUCGGCGGGUGGGGUUGGUAUCCGCGGAUCGAGCCAAGUCCUCGCAGCCCCUUCUUCGAUGGACGACGAGCUCCCGGAGGUCGACGCGUUCAUUCCUUCGACGAGGACUUCUUCUAAGCCGGCAGCCCUGUUACCGCCGCCUCCGAUCGUCGCUCGCUCGCCCCCGGUGGUAUCUACGUCUUCUGCACAGCAGCAGCAGCGUCUCGCCGACUCGACCCGGGCAGACGGCCAGUCGAGUGGUUUCCGGCGGCUGGCGGGGUUCAAGAGCGCGGUGGCCGAGCCUGCGCCGUUCCAGGCGGACGUGCCGGUGCGACGACGGGAGGAGGCGCCGGUGACGCCCCGUGGCCCAUCGGGCGAGCCCGCGGCGGGGACGAAGCGGCUGCUGGGCCGGGCCCGGUUCGCGGACGCAGGCGACGAGCAGCAGUCGCCGCUGCUGGUCCGUGCGCGCGCCCAGAACAGGCCCCCGGCGGCGCCGCCGCUGAGCCCGAGCGAGUACUCGAACGGCGACGCGUUCGUCGCGCCCCUCCCCACCACCCAGAUGCCCCGCGCCAGACGCCGGCCGGCGCUCGCUGACGAGGCCGGGCUCGAGGCGCGCGCCAAGCGGACGAUUGCCGCCGACAGCGCCGACGACGAGUCGGACGACGAGCGCCGCAGACGACGCGGCGCGGCGGCCGGCAAGGCGCGGGCCCAGGACCCGCCCGGGCCUGCCAGGGGCCCCAAGAAGACGAGGGUCGCGGCGGCUGGGAAGGGCAAGCAGAAGGAGGCCGUGCGGGGCAACGAAUGGGCGCUGAAGACUGGGCUUUCGGAGGAGAUCGCGUCGGAGAACUCGGUCGACCGCGACUUCCUGGUCGAGGGCUCGUCGUCGUCGCGGCUCGAGGACGCCUGUUCGCCGGACAAGAGCAUGGCGAGCUUCUACCGGGCCAGCAUCCUGAUGAUGUCCCAGCCGCUCUCCGUCGUCAGGCGCAGGCUCGGCCGCCCCCGCUCUCCCCCUCCCCCCGCUCCGCCCGUCCAGCUGCAGUCUACCAGCCGGCUGCCGGACUCUUCUGAGCCCGCGAAGAGCGACGACCGGUUCAGCUUCGACUCGUUCUGUGUGCCCGAUGAGCAGACCAUCGAGUACGAUGAUAUCGCCAGACUCGUCCCCACCCUCAACCAGCUCCCAACAGCCACCCUCUUCGCACCCACCAACCAGGCCAUCGCCAACGCCCCCGCACUCAGCAGCCUGCUCGCCGCACAGGACAACGUCCACCUCGCACUCCGACAGACGCUGCUCUACCAUCUCCUCAACGCAUCCCUGCCCGAGCCCAAAACAAGCCAGCAGCCGCCCGAGCUGCUCGACACCCUGCUCUUCCCCCAGUCGCCCGACGGCCAGCACAAGCUCCUGCUCGGCCACCAGCCCCAGAAACUGCGAAUCGCCCUCCGCGACCAGGCGGUCCUCAGUCCCCCGCCCUCGCUCCAGGAGCUGCUCCGGGCGACCCCCGAUCUGAGCUCCUAUCUCGCCAUCCUGCCCGAUCGCCUGCUCGCCCAGCUCAGCCUCCUGCCCCAUCUCACCCUCUUCGCCCCCGUCAACGCCGCCUGGGACGCCCUCAGCCCCGUCGAGCGCGCCUAUCUCCGCUCCUCCUUCAGCGCCGACGACGCCGCCAAACUCUUCCGCCAGGCCGCCGCCGACAACGUCCUCCGCCCCGAGGGCGUCGGCUACGCUCACCGCCUCCGCCAUGCUUCCUCCCUCCUCACCCUCGACGGGAAAGCCCUCGCCAUCGGCCGCUCGCCCGACUCCGAUCGUCUCUCGAUCAACGGCUCAGAGGUCGUCGAACAGGACAUCCUGGCCAGCAACGGCGUCCUGCACAUCGUCCCCAACUUGCUCAUUUCCAGCGGCGACAACCCGCUCCAACUGACCGCCGAAAAAUACCUCCUGGCGCUCAACUGCACCAAGUUUGUUAGUCUGUUCCGCCAGGCCAACCUGAGCAGCACAUACCUCACCAACCGGGCCCCGAGCAACUACACCAUCCUGGCCGUCCGCGACGACGCCCUCGCCUCCGCCUCCGCCUCGUUCGGCCGGCUGGACACGAACGACACCGAGAGUCUCCGCAAGUCGCUCCGCUACCACGUCCUCGAAGGCACCUAUCUGCCCGCCGAUCUGCGCGACGGGAUGAUGCUCCCCACCGAGCUCGCCUUCGCCGCCCCGGCCUCGCACGCCAAGCAGCGCAUGCCCGUCUCUGUCUCCCACGACGAGCCGAGCAGCGACCAGAAGAAGAACAAGACGACGGCGAUCGUCGGCUUCGGCGGCGCCAAUGUCCUCGGCGGGGACCCGGUCCAGGUCGGCAACACGGCCAUCUACAUCCUCUCCCAGAUCGUCGCCCCUCCGGCCGACCUGCUCCAAGUCGCCCUCUCCGACAUCCGCGUCUCCACGGGUGUCGCCUCGAUCUUCUCGGCCAAGCUCGAGGACGCGCUGCGCGGGACGGCCGAGCUGACCUACAUGAUGCCGACCAACCGGGCCUUCGGCCGGCUGGGGCUCGUGAUGGACUAUCUGCUGCUGGAGCGCUCCAAGGCCGAGCUUGGCCGGGUGCUGCGCUACCACGGCGUGGCCGAGCCGGUCUAUCUGGCCGAGCUGGCCCUGGGCGCCAGCCGCCGCUACCCGACCCUCGAGCCCGCCGGCGCGGAGCUCUUCCUGAGCAAGCCCGACGCCCGCAACGUCUCCCUCCACGGGCCCACCCUCGCCGGGAUCCCACUCAACGGCGACCUCCGCGACGCUCGCGUCCUCAGCCCCGCCGACUCCCUCACCGCUAACGGGAACCUCCUCCUCGUCGACCAGGUCCUCCUCCCCCCCUCGGUGCCCAUCGACCUGCGCAAGCUGCUCCUGGGCGCCAAAGCCGCGACCAUGCUCGAGCUCCUCCAGAAGACCAACUUCGACUGGAUCCUCAACACCACCCAUCAUGGUACCAAGGGCAGGAGGGCGUUCACCGUCCUGUGUCCCUCCGACGCCGCGUUCACCAAGAUCAACCUCACCUACUUCCUCGAACACCCUCAAAGACUCACCGCCCUCGUCCAACAACACCUCAUCCCCGUCCCCCGUCCGGGCCCGCCGGCCCCCGCGCCCGUCGACCAAGGCCCUGCGCCGCUCAUCCUCGCCGACGGCGCCGUGUACCCCACCCUGCUGAGUCGCGAGGAAGGCGGGCCGAGCCCGUUCGGCGCCGUCUUCUUCCGCGCCGCCCCGCUCUCCUCGGACGCCUAUGGAGACGAUGGGGACGGGGGGAAGGAGCGGACGGGCGGCGGCCGCUGGGUGGUCGGGAUCAGGGGCGCCCGCGCCUCCGACGGCUCCUCCCACGCCUCCGCCGUCCUCCGCUCCGGCAGGACUUCCCCCGCGAUCGUCGAGGAACGGGGCGAGCCCUGGAGCAGCGUCGGCGGCGUCCUCGUCCUCGACCACGUCCUCGUCCCGUACCUGCCCUCCCUCUGGACCCGCAUCGCCCGCGUGCUCGUCCUCGCCGUCGCCGCCGGUGCGCUUCUUGCGGCGGCGGCCGCCGGCGGAAUCUGGAUCUGGAAAGCGUACGGCAGACAAUGGUGGCGCGGCGUCCCGGGCGCGCGCGCCGACGGCCGGGCUCGCCCGGACCUGGGGUACAGGGUCGUCGAGCCCGUCGAGGAAUAA